AUGUCUCUCCAAACCCCCCGCGUCCUCCCCGCCCACCUCCACGCCUUCCACCCCUCGAGCGCCGGCGCGCGCUCAACACACACUGUGCGCCUGCUGGGCACUGUAACCGGACUGCGCGGCGACACCGCCACCAUCACCUGCGGCGGGAACGGCGAUGUCACGCUUAUCCUGAAGCCGGACUCGCAUCUGCAGAUGGGGAAGUUGGUCGAGGUGGUGGGGAAGGUGACUGAUUUGGAAGGCGGGCAGGGCCUAGGAAUCCGCGUGCUGGGUACCAUGGAUUGGGGGAAUCCUGCUGAAUGCGACUACAAGGCCUAUGAGAACGUCGUCGACGCAACACACCGCUUCAAGUCCAUCUUCUACGACGCAGAGUAA